ACGCACGAAUCUCCGCGCGCCUCCGACCUCCAUUAGUCGACGCACAGUCAGUCUGCGAUCGGCGGCCGUGCCGAUGAUACCGUGUGUGUGUGAAACGUUCCAGAAAAUCGCGAACAUCGAACCAAGUCGAUCGUACAACUUUCCCGCUGAAUCGAUUAUUUCCGCGCGAUUUUCAACAUUUCGACGCCCAUCGCGAUCCAUCGAGAGUCAAAGGAAUUAACGCACCGUCGAAUCAAGAUAUUUAUUAUCUUAUCUGCGUCUAGAGAGUAGAAAAAAGCAAAGGUGUAGUCUGCCUCGCGGCGCUGGAUCGUUACACAAUAGUCACCGACCAGCAGGGACAAUGAAGUCGAAGACGAGCGAGAAUUUUAUAGCGAGUGAAAGUAACGGGGUCAAGAGGGAUCAGGAACUCAAGCAGAAACAGCUCAAGAAGGGUAAAACGUUCUGCCAGUCCUGCAAGAAGAAGUGCAGCGGAGAGGUGCUACGAGUGCAGGACAAGUAUUUCCACAUAGGGUGUUUCAAGUGUGCUCAAUGUAGCUCGAGCCUGGCGCAGGGCGGGUUUUUCGCGCGCGAGGGCUCUUACUACUGCACCAAGGACUACAGGGAACGGUGGGGCACCAAGUGCGCCGGCUGCGGGGAGUACGUGGAGGGGGACGUGGUGACCGCGGGCGAGAAGCACGCGUUCCAUCCGAAUUGUUUUCACUGCCAGCGAUGCAGACAACCGCUGCUGGGCCAAGGGACCAACGUGUCCCUCGUUCAAGGUCAAGCUCUGUGUCAUCGAUGCGUCGGUAUCCCGGUUCGAGAGGCCUCGAUGCCGGUUGGUUAUUGCGCCGUCACCAGAUAUUCCGGAGACGGGCCCUCCGACCCCGGUGCAUGCGCCGGUUGCGGAAACCAAUUACGAGAAGGUCAAGCUUUGGUCGCUCUCGAUCGCCAAUGGCACGUCUGGUGCUUCAAGUGUCACAGCUGCGACACCGUGCUUCACGGCGAAUACAUGGGAAAAGACGGGGUACCUUAUUGCGAGAAGGAUUAUCAGAAGCAGUUUGGCGUAAAGUGCGCCUACUGCAAUCGCUACAUCAGCGGCAAGGUGCUACAAGCCGGGGAUAAUCAUCAUUUUCAUCCUACUUGCGCGCGAUGCACCAAGUGCGGCGAUCCUUUCGGGGACGGUGAAGAGAUGUAUUUGCAGGGCGCCGCGAUAUGGCAUCCGCGUUGCGGGCCAGGGCCCAGUGGUCCCAACGGUAUCGUCAACGGCCACGGCGAACCUCACACUCCCCAGCAUCGUGAAUCCGAACGGAUCUCCAGCAGUGCGUCUGAAAUGCAGUUUUCAUUGCGGUCACGCACGCCAAGCCUGAACGGAUCACUAUGCAGCCCUUACAGCAGCCUCAGUCGCAAGUAUUACCCCGCACGAACUGGCAGUCCCGGACUGAUAUUGAGAGAGUAUGGACGCGGUGCAUCCGAGGAUGUGUCUAGGAUUUACACGUACUCGUACUUGACCGAAACGCCCAGCCAAGGAUAUCUGAGACGUCCGAUACAGCCCUACGACAAACCUCCGACUAGCCCACACUUUCAUAGACCUAGCUCCUCACGUUCGAUAAGAAGCAGCGGUGGACGCAGCAGCCGAUCCGGAAUGCGAGCUCUGGUCGAUGCUCUCAGCGAGCCCCGACCGAAGUCGCCGGCCAGUCAAGUAGAUAAUGACGAGCCAAUAGAGCUGGCGCAUUAUCCGGACGCUAUGAAGCCGCCUCCUGGAACCAAGCCACCGAUCGAAAGAGACGAUUUCCCGGCACCCCCUUAUCCUUACACGGACCCCGAGAGACGCAGACGAUGGUCGGACACGUACAAGGGUGUACCAGCGUCCGACGACGAGGACGAAGUCGACAACAAAACGUACAUAAAGGAGGUGGAGGAGAAACUGAAGAAGGAACAGGACGAGCUGAGCAAAAUCGACACCGGGAUAGCGAAGGUGUUCUUGCAGGAUCGCGAGAAGGAUCGGGAGAACUUGAGACACAAAGCUGCGAACGUGGAUCCUAGAAACGCGUCGAGAACACCGUCCGCGGCCAGAGAACCGACUUACAGACUGCGAUACGAGAGCCCGGUCGGCGCAUCACCAUCGAGAAAUAUAGAUCACGCCAGACCCUGGGAGGACGAUGACGGUUUUAGCUACAGGUCCAGCGGUCCGAGUUACAACGUUGGGAGGUCAUCGGCACGCUCCCCGGCUCCCAGAAACUAUCCACCCCUUGGUACUCAACGCGCCUUCACUCUUCCAAACGCCGCUAGGCACUAUAAUUCGGUGAUUGUGAGCUCCCUUCGGCACAUCCCGAAGCCAGGGUACGGUCUGGCACCGCGAAGUCACACCUUCUCCUCGACCGGCGGUUCUGUAUCUGCUCUCCCUGGUGAUUAUUCGUUCAGUGGGAUGGGAGACAAGACGCACAGCACUGAUUUCUCAUCUGGCAAGUCAGAUAUAUCAACAGGCAGCAUCACGGAUGUGGAUCGACGGGCACUGAAUGAUGGUGGAAUGCUUCCAUCAUCGACCACGUACACAGGUGGCCUCGGCUCGGUGGUCGGAAGUCACGGGGGCCAUCAUGUGAGAAGAUCGUUGCCAGACAUGGGCACCACGUCGUCCGAACCACCGAAACUCUAUCCUUACCACUUGCUCGUCAUCACUAACUAUAGGCUGCCCGCCGACGUGGAUCGUUGCAACCUUGAACGACAUCUUUCCGACGCGGAGUUCGAGGCAGUUCUUCAGUUUACGCGCGCAGAAUUCUAUAGACUACCGCAGUGGCGUCGUAACGAGAUCAAAAGACGCGCCCGACUGUUUUAACCAGCAGCAUUCGUACUACGCGUUCUACUUACUACCUUCAUCGUGUCACGACUGUGUUUCCCGUGGUACAGAGUGCACAUUCCUUCUGCCGCAGUAAGCGUAUGCAUCAUGAGAUAGAGGAGCACGUGUUCGAUACCGGCCAUCCGUGAAUGUUUUUAGUCGAGAGAGAGAGAGAGAGAGAGAAAAAAAAAACGAAAAGGUAUAUAUAUGUAUCGCCAACGCCAUGUGAAAAAAAGUUAAGUAUAUACAUACAUAUACAUACAUAUACAUAUAUACAUACCAUUCGGAAAAUUCGCUUCAACCACAGACACAAUUACUACUUGCAAAGGGUUAUAACACGAAAACGCUACUAUUAUAAGAGCUAUCAUUAUCAUUAAUUUUUAAUUAUUAUUAUAUUUUACUAUAAGCAAUAUGAAAAGUUUAAAAUAUAAGUAGAUAGGAAGUCCAGAUUGCCGGGUGACGUGUAUAUAUACAUAUACAUAUGCAUGCUGUACCUCUGUUUUAUCACGCGUGAAAUAUACAGAUUGUCCUGUAAUUCGUGAUACGACCGUAGAGAUCAAUUACACCCUUUCGAUUUAUAUUUAAAUAUUUAAUAUGGAUACGUAUCCGUCUACGUAUAUGUUUGUUCGACGGCCUCGUCCCGGAAAAAAAAAACCCCUAGUCCAACCGAUGUUUGACCAUUUUUCCGGUUCUACCACCGAUUACGAGACACGCUGUAUAAAAUGUUUCUUAAUUGUUUCUCCGACUUUGCAUAUCGACUGCACAAAAACGUUCUGCGGCGCGGGCGAGAGUUGUGCAUAUAUCGCUGAAGAAACUAUAUUCGCACUUGGCUAAAGCAAACUACACGAAAA